UAUAAAUGUUUGACAUAAUUAACUGAUGUAAGUACAUAUCAGUAGUGUAAACUUGUGAAAACGAGGAAUUGCCGAUGGUUACAUUCAUAAAAAAACAUGUAAUUAAUUAUACAAUAAUGAAUUCUUUAAUUAUUCUACAAUUAUUAUUAUUAUUAUUGUCGUUAUAUACUACUGAUGAUAAACUAAAAAUAUGCAAUUUUGAUAUACCCAAUAUAAAAACUAAUAAACCAUGUAAUAUUGAACGUAUAGAAAAAGCUGGUAGACGACAUCAAUUCUUAUUAUUUAAUGCAAAUGAAAUCAAUAUUACAUUUCAUUUAUUUUGUCCAAUAUGUCCAGAUGAAAGAUUAGAUCUAUUCGAAUGGAAUUAUAUACCACAUUAUAAAAAGUAUAUUAUAUUUAUUAGAUCUAAUAAAACAUUAUAUGAAAGUGAUACUAUGCUUAAUAAUAAAUUAUUAGAAAGAAUUAAACAAGAUCCAUUCAAUGAUCUUUGUAUUAGUAAAUCUAAUUCACAAUUAAUUGGACAAAAUAUUAAUGCAAAUAAAUAUUUAGGAACAUAUGUUUGUCAAUAUAUAAAAGAUAAAAUGCAUCCAGCUAAUUUUAUUUGGUAUCAUUUAUAUAGAAUUGGUUCAUUGAAACAAAAUUCUAAACUAAUAAACAUAUCAAAUAUACAACAAAUACAUAUAUUACAUAAUCAAAUGAAUAUUACAUUAAACAAUAUUACUGAAUUAGCUAAUUAUCAUUUACGUUUUAUGACUAUUAUAUUUAAAAUAGAUGAAGAAAAUGAAGUUAGAAAACAUUGUGACAAAAUUAAAUUCAAUCAAUAUAGACGAUGUUAUUUGAAAAUACCACGAUUCGAAUCAGAACUAAAAGAAACUAUCAAGAAUCAUGACAACAACACCAUCACCACCAUCACCACCACCACCAACAACAACAACAACAACAAUAGUAAUGAUUAUGAAAUGAUGGAAAUUAAUAAAAUAUUAAGAUUAUCAUUUGAAUACUUUACACGAUUAUAUGAUUCAAAAUUGAAUGGUUCCAAACAAUUAGCUAUGAAUAAAGCUAAACGUUUAGGCUUUAAAUUAUACAUUGAUGAUCAUUUUAUUCAUAUACCAUGUGAAUAUGAAUUAUUACAGCAUAUAUGGAUACCAAUAAUAGAUAAAUUUUUACUUACUAGUAGACAUAUAGAAAUUCAUGAUGAAAUAAUAUGCGAUCAAAUUGAUCCAAUCAUCAAAUGGAUCAAUUUAAAUAAACAAAUAUAUCAAAUGAAUAAAACAAAAACUUUUCUCAUUAAAACUAUUCAACAGAAUUCUUUUCAUUUAUCAAAACAAAAUCAUCAAUUAUUUAAUGAAUAUCAACAAAAUUUAAUAGUGAAAUAUAAUCCAAAUUUAAUGAAUUCCAAUAUAUCUUGGAUAUCAUCAAACAAUAACAAACAUAAUUAUACAAUAGACAUAGAAAAAACAAACUUACCUUAUAUUACAAAUAAUUGUGAUUUGAAAUUUGGAAUUCUUCUUAAAACUAAUAAUGGUACAUAUGAUUGUUGUCAUGGGAGAAAUUCAACUUUUAAUCUGAUGAUGAUGAUGAUUAGUAAAGGAAAUAACAUAAUUAUUGGUGCAAUUAUUUUAACUGUAUGGUUAUUGAUAUCAAUAAUUAUUUGGGUACUUUUUCUUUGUUGUAUAAACUAUAUGAAAUAAAAAUCGAGUUGAAUUAGUACCAUUUGAAACUG